CGUUGAGCACGAGCAAGAUGGCAGCCUCCGAGGCGGUCAGGCUACGGCUUCAAUUUGAUUACCCGCCGCCAGCCGCCCCGCACUGCACAGUCUUCUGGCUUCUGGUGGACCUAAACCGAUGCCGAGUCGUCACGGAUCUCAUCAGUCUGAUCCGCCAGCGCUUCGGCUUCAGUUCUGGGGCCCUCCUGGGUCUCUACCUGGAAGGGGGGCUCCUGCCGCCGGCCGAGAGCGCGCGCCUGGUGAGAGACAACGACUGCCUCAGGGUUAAGUUAGAAGAGAGUGGAAUUCCUGAGAAUUUGGUAAUCAUCAGUAAUGGUGAUCAUGAUUCUCAUUUCUCACCCAGAAAAACAAAGAAGCGGGCUUUUAGUUUGGUGGAGGAUGAUGAAACAGAACUAGGGUAUAGCUACUCAAAGAAGCUCGGGAAGACGCAGGAGAACCGUGGCCACCAUGACAAGGCCUUGGGUCUAGAACCAAAGGCUGGGAGGAAGAAAAGCAAGAGGAAAAGCCAGGCGACAUGUGGUACAGCAGAUGAUGACGACGACGAACAAACCAAAAGGAAUUCAGCAAAAAGAAAGGAGAGACGCGAAUCCAAGAAACAGACGAGGAGUUCCAAGUCUGGUAAAGCACAGCCGGUGAGAGAGUGGCCCACGCAGAACUGUCACCCUCCCAAAGGUUCCCCCAGAGGCAGCCUGGCAAAAUCCCGGAGGAAAGGUAGGGCAGGCACGGAGCCCAAGGAGGCCACCACCUCCUCAGAGUCUGAGCCUUCUCAUGAGUCCAACUGUGAUGGUCACAGCAAUGCCACAUUGGAGGCUGACAACUCCUUAAAGAAACUGUCAGCUGAGUUAUUAAAGGAAGGACUUUCUACAAAAACUGUAGCUGCCAACAAACAGGCCCCCAAAUCUGCCCUUAGCUCCAGCAAGGGCAAGGCAGCCAGAGCCUCGUCUAGUUCAGACUCUGGCUCAGAGUCCGAUGACCAGAGCAUGGUGUCCAAGAACGCCUCGGAGGGCGCUGCUGCAGGCCUCUUGAAGGCGGUGGGCGUCUUUGCCGGAAGAGGGUGUCCCGGCCCGGGGUCCUCAUCACAAGCUCUAAGAGGGAAGCUCUCUGACUCAAUGCGGACUCCCGCUCUUCCGCCCAGUGUGUCUCUUCCCACCAGUUUGGGAAGAGGAUGGGGGCGAGGAGAGGACUUUCUGUCUUGGAAGGGAGCGAGGGGCCGGGGCGCGCGGGGCAAAGGCCGAGGCCGAGGAGCGGGGGCGCUUGGUGUUGCCUCUAUCUUCAGUACAAACACCGAAGGUGAGAAGCAGCAGCAAUUAAGUGAGAUGGUGACAAACACAUCCACCAUUAUCCAGAAUCCAGUAGAGGUACACAGGAAGGACUACAGUCUCUUACCGCUGCUUGCAGCUGCCCCUCAGGUCGGAGAGAAGAUUGCAUUUAAGUUGUUGGAACUAACAUCUAAUUAUUCACCUGAUGUCUCUGACUAUAAGGAAGGAAAAAUAUUAAGCCACAAUCCAGAGAGCCAGCUAGUAGAUAUAGAAAUCCUCUCAUCUUUACCUGCUUUGAAAGAACCUGGGAAAUUUGAUUUGGUUUAUCACAAUGAAAAUGGGACUGAAGUAGUGGAGUAUGCCGUGACACAGGAGAGGAAGAUCACUGUGUUUUGGAAAGAGCUGAUCGACCCCAGGCUGAUUAUUGAAUCUUCAAGUAGUAUCUCAAGUACAGAGCUUGUGUCAGUGUGACCUCUGCCUUGGGGUUCAUGAACAUCUUAUUUGUGAAAGCGACUGACAUAGCCUGGUCUUUUUUAAAAGAGGAUUUGAAUGUCGUAUGGUGUGGUCCUUUUGUUAUCUUCACUUUACUGCAUAGGACAAACUACCUCAUCAUUGUAAUGUGGAUGCUGGUUUGUAGACCUUUUCCACCUAGUUUAAUUUUAGUUAACAAAAUCUGAAACAUAACAUUCCCUGAAGGCAUGCCAUUCUGGCAAACAUGUUUGGCGCUCUAUUUUUUUGACCAUCAGGUGGUGACUGUCCCUAAGAGUUAAUACCAAGUACAAGAGUGUGCUGCAGAUCUUGUUCCCAUAUGUUUUAUUAAGUCACGUUUUAAUAUACUAAGGCAUGUUACUUGACCUAAUUUUUGAACAUGUGAGUUGUUCCAUUAAAUGUGGAGUAUCUUACAAAUUACAUACUUGUAAUUCUCACAAGUUAACAGGUAGAUGGAUUUGUUGAAGGUGAUGAGUUAAGUAAUCCUUUCACCUUUUUUCCAUCUUUGUUUAAAGAUGGAAGAAUUCUCGGGGUCCUGUGUAGAGCAGUGAGACCUUGUUGUGUGCCUGGAGGAGAGCCAGUGUUCCGCUUGGGUGGGAGGCUGGCUGUGAGCCCCAGCUGGGGGGUGCCUUGCACCUGGCUCAGUGCUGAAGUGAGGAUCUGGAACAGAAACUGCCUUUUCUGUGAUGACUCAACCCAAAUGAAAAUGGCUAAAUAGAAACUGAAAUUUGCCUUCUUUUAACAAAAGAUCAGAUCCCUCCUUCAGUUUUGCAAAUUUUUAAAUAAAAUAUUGAACUGAA